UAUAUAGAAGUAAUACUUUCAGCCCCUAUAAAGUGAUUUCAGAUCAUCAGCGAACUGUAUAUAGCUCCAAACUGACACUGAAGGGAACAGAUACAGGACCUUCACUUGCAGUAACAUACCAACGAAGAUCUUGCAACUUCCUGUUCAACAUUUAAGGUUCAUGUGAUGUCAAGACAAUUAAAGAACAACACUGGGGAAAGAAAACUGAGAGUAACCCUUUUGAGUCCUGUAUGGAAAGCUUCAAGCAAUGGAGACUUGACAACCAUCAACAGAGAGUUAGCCAUACAGAUGGCUAAACAUCCCAAUGUGGAAGUCAGUGUCUUCUUACCUCAGUGUAGUGAAGAGGACAAGAGAGAUGCUGAUAGUUACAAUGUUAAACUCAUUGAAGCUGUUAAACUGUCUGGUUUUGAACCAGUUGAUUGGCUAGCCUCUCCACCUGAUGGCCAUGCUAUGGAUUGUGUUCUAGGACAUGGAGUAGCUCUUGGUCGGCUAAUUCAACUUAUAAAGAAAAAUCAAAAUUACAGGCAUUGCAAAUGGAUUCAAGUUGUCCAUACUGCCCAUGAAGAAAUUGGCAUGUACAAAAGCAUUUCUGAAGGUCAACAAAUGCAGCAAACAGAAAUAGAACUAUGUAAAAUGGCUGAUCAAGUUGUAACAAUUGGCCCCAAGCUAACUGAUGCAUAUAAAUACCAACUCAGAACACAAGAUAUUUUUAACCUGACACCAAGUAUUUUCACUGAAUUUUCAGAUGUGCAGCAAGCUAGCAAUGAAAGAAGAACGUUUUGUGUCUUGGUAACUGAGAAUGGUGAUUGUGAAGAUUUUUCUGUUAAAGGACAUGACAUCGUAGUGAAAGCUAUUGCUAGCCUGAAGGAUAAAUCUUACCAACUCAAGUUUGCUUCCAAACAGAGAGGAAAAGAAGAUGAAUUAGCAGACAGGUUACUUCAGUGUGGUAUUGAUCGUAAUCAGCUAAUUAUCUGCAGCUUUGAUGAAAACAGGGAAACAUUAGCUAACUUAUUCUCUGCGGUGGAUAUUGCUAUAUUGCCCUCAAAAACUGAGGGAUUUGGGUUAAGCGCUCUUGAGGCCAUAUCGGCUGGUCUUCCAGUACUUGUCAGUGGUAACUCAGGAAUUGCAGAAGCCUUAAGGGAGGUGCCUAAUGGGUCACAGUGUGUAGUGGAUUCAGAGGAUCCUGCAGACUGGGCCAGAGCAAUAAAGGCUGUGCGUAACAAAAAAAGGAAUGUACGACUUGCAGAGGCUAAGAUUCUUCGUGAAAACUAUUUGCAGCAGUUCAGCUGGAAGGAGCCUUGUGCUUUCCUCAUUGAAAAGAUGUACAAUCUUGCAUUUGGGAAUAGAGAGUGUUGUGUGAUGAGACCAAACAACAGCUGCAAGGGAGACAACAGUGGUGAAAUGAAUAUUAAAGUUGGAGUGGAUGACUUGAAACCUGAAAGACAGAAUAUGCAGACUGGCAUGUUGGCGACAGAAUCUAUCAGAUGCCAAGAGGCUCAACAGCCUGGGGCAUUUGCUACAUUGGCUGCAUCUGAGAGAGUGUCUCAUCCACAGACAGAAGAUCUCAAGGCUCUUAAAGAGAAACACUUUCAAUUAAUUUUUUUAAAUUGUUACGAAACCACAAGGCCACAUUCCAUCAAAGAGUGGAAUUGGUUUAAGGAAUACUUAAAAGAAAUGAGGACCAUCAUUACUAAUGUCUCUGAUGGAAGUUUGGUGAUAACAGUAAAAUGUGAAUCUCUAAUGAUCUUGGAGGAGUUUUGGACAGAUUACUCAUCUGGUCAUCUUGGUGAAGUGGUUCAGAAUUGUUUUGUGACUGAAAAGAUCUUGAAGGAACUGAACCUGGCUGAGCUAAGGCUGAAGACAACAAUUGACAUAGAAGAGUACAAUGCAUGCAAAAUGUUCUUUGAGAAAGAUGCACCUAAAGGUGCUUUAUCCUCUGAAUUCCACUCCACAAGUUCAACCAGUGAAAGUCCACAAAAAAAAGAACAAUGGGAAAAAAGUGAACAGAAGACAAAGAUUAUGGAGACAGCAAAAUUGGAAGGUACUUCACCCCUCACUGUAGUACCCACCACUGGUCAUGGAAAAGAAUUAGAAGAGCCUUGGGGAAGGAAAGACAAAGGAAACAUGCCCGCAUUAAUUGGAAUCCUACUUGAUGUCUCCGGAUCCAUGGAGCGUAACAUUGGAAGUGGUAUUGAUGAAGACGGAGAACCGUGGGCUCGUUCGAUCUUUGAGGUCAUUGACAACCUUAUCAAAUACGAUGUUUCCGCUGACAACCACGUUUUUGCUGUUGGCUUCGGGGCUAACGAAGGUGAGCAAAUAUUCGACAUCCUGGGAACCCUUGAACGUAUUCACCUUCAUAACCGAGCUUUCGAUAGAAAUGACAAGCCCGUCACACGCGGCCACUUAAAUGAAAUUUUUAAAGUACUGGAGAAGGCCGGUGCCCGUUACAUCCGCAAAUGGGCAGACGUGGAAGUCGCCAGAAGCGUAAUACCGGAUUACACAGCUGAUUUGUUACUAAGAAAAUUUCAGUCUGACCAGUCAUUUGCACGUAAAUUCGUCAUGGAGUUUCUACCAUCAGCUUGCCGUGAUUGGGAUACAGGGGGUAAUCCACUUCUAGGCCUCGUAGAAACAGUGGCUACCUCUGCCGUGACGACGUUUAAAAGGGCUACAACAGAAGACGUCAAAGAUGUAAUUGACAAGGCUGCACCACAUUUGAUGAAGAAAAGUGUAGGAGAAGAUUCCAUUUUCAAUGUGCGCAAAGCCUCAGAUAUUUUACAUGGAUGUUUCGAUGAAGAAGAACUCUCAAAGGAAAGGAGUCGAGAAUUAUCACGAAGAAUCGAGCCCUACAUCUACGGUGGAACGCCUUUGUAUGAGUCAAUUCGAAGGGCCACAGUACUUAUGAGAACCAAUGAGGUUUCAUGUCAUAAAAAGGUCCUAUUUGUUCUUUCAGACGGAGAGCCUAGAGACGGAGCUAUUGAUGAUUUAGUGAAAAAAAACGAAGCCGUCUCAAAUUUGACGGAUGCCGAGGUGAACGUAGUGGGCUGCUUUGUCACUGACUCCACAACGAUUGAGCCUAAACGACUGUACAGUGAGAUGAAACCUGACUGGCAAGAGGGUGCACAGUUCCUGUUCUCACUGAGCUCAAUAUUAACCACGCAGUCAAUACCACGCACCAUGUUUGUUAAACGUGGUUGGUCCAUUGAGGUUAAAAACAAUGAAACACGUUUGUUCCUGCAGGUUAAUCAUCCCGACCACCUGCGAGAAGCUUGCAAGCUUGCUCGAAAGGUCGUCUGUUCUCAGGAGGCGUUAUCCGGUUUGCUUGCAGACGUUGACGUCGAUCUCUACAUAAACCAGUCAGUAAGAGAUUAUAAAGCACAACCAGAGCAAGACGAACAGACCUGCUUUGCACAUGCAUCAGCUACAGUGCUUCAUUUGACUAUGAAGCGAAUUCAUGGCCGCCACGGCAAAAUCCCAGAUUUCGAAGAAUUGAAAGAUGAAAUGAUCGGCAAGUUUGGAAAAGAAGCCCGCGGUAUCAAACUAGUGCUGGAAAAAAUGUGCAACAAGUACCAUUUGCGUUACAAGCAAGUUGACCUCAAGGCUGCCAUGGAAGCAGUCGCUUCAAGCCGACCAGUGAUUGCAGCAUUUUGGCUUACCCUCGAUGAAUGGGGUAGGUUUUAUGAGUUCUUCGAAACUAACAGAAAAGGUAUUUUGACAAAACAGAAGAUCAAUAUUACAGCUCGUCCUUCAAAUCCCUAUAGGCCCGGCCAUGCAGUAGUUUUAACUAGUUUCAACGGCGAACAUUUGCGACUGUUGAACUCCAAGGGACCCCACUGGGGAGACAACGGCUUUUUUAAAGUGCAGAACGCAGAUGUUCUUGGAUUUACGUUUUACGAUGUCUACUGGGAAAUAGAAGAUCUGAACGAAAAAGAAAAGACCUUUUUCAAGGAACUUGAAUCCAAGCGUGCCAAAUGGCUAAUGGAAACUUUGCCGAGUCUUCAACGAGAUGAUUACACCGUGAAAUGUCCCAGAUGCCAGCAAGAUUCACCAGUCAAGAAUUUCACUGGCAAUUUGUCAAGUGCUAAGUGUCCCAAAUGUGACAAGGAAUUCAAUCUGAAAAAUGUCCCCAAAGGAAACAUUUUGGCUCUCAACAUUUAUCUCACUGCUUUAAGCACUUAAAUUUUCCUCGUUAUCCAUUUCCCGCUGAUAAAGAAAUGUUUAGCCCUUCCUAUUUUAUAGGGAAGAUAUCACAACCUCUAUUACAAGAUAACCUGCACAAAGGCGCCGAAUGAAGACGAUUUAAUAUCAGUUUCGGUUAAUUUACAAGUGGUAUCCUGCUUGUUCAAACUGGUUGAUAGGUACGAUUACAACAAUUUUCAUUUCGGCAUAAACAACCGACACUAACGAAUCUAAAAAGAAAAAUCUUCAAAGAUUUAGAUCAAGUUUAGUUCAACAGAGAGAAAUAACCAAGGACGGUUUAUGAAAAAUUAGGAUAUUUCCCUACUUUAAAAAGGCUAAACAACCUUUCCAUGCAUAAAAAGAAAACGGCAAAUGCAGGCAUUAUACGUUAGAUUUGACUUGAGAAAACUAGUGAAGUAAGAUGAACAGGUAGAAUAUGUUGAAAGAAUAUUUUUUUGAACUAGGCUAGUAUUUUCUAGGAAUUUGUAUCGAUCUGAGCAAACUUUUACACUUGCCAGUUCUACUGAAAAGAGGUUAGCUUGAAUAUGAUACAACAUAAUUUAUGUCACAUUUAGAUAAUAGAUAAUAUCCUCCUAGGUUCGGCAGCAUUCAAAAAUUGGUGACAAAUUUUUCCAUGGGCUUUUUCCCUUUUCUUUUUACUAGAAAUACAUAUUGUAAAACGCAUCAUCUGUUUCAAGUUGUAUAUGUAUAGUAAACCGAUAAAUGCCCGGAAUUGAGACAUCGUGGAGAAAAGGCUGACUCUGCCAAAAGAAUUACCUGUUUGUUGCUUUCUGCUUUUAGCUCAGUACCAAGUUGAUAAGGGUGAUACUUAAAUACAAUUAUUCACGUUUUUUUGCGCAAAGAAGUUUCACUAUUUUUGUGCAUUUUUAGAAGAAGCUAAGCCCCUUGAGCUUGUAUGCAAUUCACCUGUGAUUUUCUUCAAACCAGAGCAGACUAUGUAUAAGAUCAGUUAUGACCAAAACACCAUUAUGGAAAGAACUAUCAAUCCCACCAGUCUCUAACUAACAAAUUUGCAGCUGAUUCUGGAAGAAACAUUAUAGUAAAACAUGAGGUAAGGCUGCAGAAAUAAUCCCCAACUCAUUCAGGAGGGAGUCUCUACAAACAUUGAUCUUGUUUCUUGAGCUUCAAGGCAGUUUUAUUAAAGGAGAAAAGGUAUUUCAGCAAGCCAGCCCAAACCGAAAUAUCUAAAAUUUAUUGCUCAAAGAAAUCAAACAUUUUUUUUAGGAAGAUUCAUAAUUCCUUAAAGUCCUCUUGCAUUGUUAGGGGCCAAUUGCCUAAGCCAAUUCUUUUUUCUUUUCUUGUGUAGCAGUUUAUUUAACCAUGCAUGAAAGUGUGCUUAUUCCAGGAAAUUCACAUGUGAAUGGGACAGAAUUUGAAAGCACUUUAACACCUAUAGGCUAAUACUACUCUGACACCCUCUGUAACCCUCCCUUCUUGGUCAAAAUCAAGUGCAUUGAAAAAUAUUGCAGACUCAAGCCUCUCCUAAGGACCAUCAGUGCUAUCACCAUGUGGCACUCAUUUAAAGAAAAUGAAUAAAAAGCUACGCUUUUGCAAGUCUAGGAUUUGUGUUCACUUUGAAGCUAGAUGUAGAACAAAAAUGUUAUUUACCCCAGGGGAUAUCACAUUGCCAGUGCAUGUGAGAAUUGCUAAAUUGUCAGCUGUCUACU